UGAAGGCAAGUAUUUUCGCCUUUUUGCUGUUCAUUGGCCAGGCUUCAGCAAAAGAUUUCUGCAAUGAAAAACUCCGAACAAAUGUGACGGAAGCCGAGGAACUGAUAAACGGCACCCUCUUGACCACCGAAGGUGACCAAUAUCCCAACGGCACCUUUUGGAAAGAGGAAGAAGGAUUCUGGUGGGUGUGUCCCUGCCUCCUACACCCCUGCAUACGCGUUUGCGACCCGAGUAAGAAACAAUAAAAAUAUUUUCUUUUUUUUUCAGAAGAAUGACAAAAAUACAAAUUUAUGACAGGGUGCACACUUUAAUUUUUAAUCAAAUUAAAUGAAGUGACAAAUGUCAUAUAAUGGGAUUAUAUCUCAGAUUUGAAAAAAAAACUGAAGCAGUCAUCGGAAAUAUUGUAAAUCUCUAGGAGAAUUUUAAAGGACAUAUUUGUGAGCUAUAUACAUUUUUACAUGACGAGAAAGAAUAUUAAAAAUCUGGCUCAACUCGAAUUUAUAUUACAAUUAGUUUUCGCCCAUAUGCAAGAUAUUUUCCAAACAUCUCUAACUUUCCUUUAACAUAAUUCGACUGCGAAAAAAAUAAUGAACAAUAAAUAGAGAUAUUAAAUUUAAGUUUUCCAUGAUUUUUAUGUCUUUUUAAUUUUAGCAUUUGCAACAGAAAUCAUUCAGGUUUUCUCAGACGACGCGCCUGUUGCGCCUGUGCCUAUCCCCUGGGAUGAAAUCUAUGCAAAUAAAGCUGCGCCCAGAUUCAAAUACGUACACGAGGCGAUGUGCGAAGACGUUGCAUAUUUAUUAGACAAAGGUAGUUUUAAAAUACUUGAUAAUGGAGAACUUGAGUUAGAGGGCCAGGAUCAAAAUUUGGAUGCUACGCAUUACUGUGUUCACCAUGUGGAAGAAACUGCUGCUCAUGUGGUGCAUUGCGUAGAACCAGAAGAAUAUUAUCCACCAUUUAAGUUCAACUUGUAUCCUCCAUUUUUCAUACUGAGCUCGAUUUUUCUGAUGAUAACCAUCUUGGCAUUUAUCCUCACCCCAGAAAUCAAGUCGUUUCACACAAAGUGUGUGGUCUGUCACUCAGCCUGUCUGGCGGUUGCUUUCAUCGCCUUGACAGUAAAUUAUCUGCACGGGGACACUGCAGAUAAAGCGCUAUGUUUCACGAUCGGAUACACUGCACUAUAUUCGUUCCAUGCUUCCAUGUUUUGGCUAAACUCGAUGUGCAUUGACAUCUUCCUCACUUUCAAAGGGGUCGUUCGCACUCAAGGCAUUCACUUUGUGAAGUUUACGAUCUACUCGUUUGGAACUCCGAUGGUCAUUACGAUUGUUGCUCUGAUUUUCAAUCUGAUAGAUGACGAAGACUCAAUAUUCAACUCGAGAUUGGGAGAAAACUCUUGCUGGAUGGAGGAUGGCAUUUACGCCCUGUGGAUUUUCUUUCUGGGACCAACUCUAAUGCUGCUGAUGGCUAACUUGGCCUUGUUUACCGCUACUGCCUUCAAUGUGACUCGCACGAGACGGGAAUCGGUCCGCGCCUUGAAGAAAACCAACAGCAAGAUUCACAUGUCGAGAAGGCAAGCCAAUCAACGCCGAGGGCUGUACGUCAAAUUAUCAGUACUGGUCGGCUUUCCCUGGAUUAUUGAAGUCCUUCACUCUAUUGUCGGUGGUGCCGACGUGUACUGGUAUAUCCCGGAUAUUCUCAACGCCUCCAGAGGCGUUUUUAUAUUUUUUCUCUGCGUGGUAAAAAAUGAGAAGAUUAUGAAAAGCUUGAGGGGUAGAUUUAGGAAGCAGCGAGGCGAUGGAAGUGUGAAAACUACCAGUAGUUCUGAACCUACAAAAUUGGCUACAACUCAAAUUUUGGAUGAUAGCGAUUGUUGCUGCCUAUUUUUCAAACCAUUUUUUAUCGUUGUCUCCUGCGAAAUGAUUGGGCUUUUACGCAACAGCGCUAUUUUCUCAGCCUUGAUUUUCAAUUUUGUUUCGAGCGAGAAUUAUUGUAUAGAGGACCUCCGGAGCAAAGUAACAAAUGCAACGGUGCUAGAAAACGGCACCCUGCUGACUAGCGAUGGUGUACAUCACCCUGAAAACACGUUUUGGCAAAAGGAUGAUCACUGGUGGGUCUGCCCGUGCCUCGCAGGCGUGUGCAUCAGAAAAUGCAGUCAUGAAUUUGCUGACGAACUUGGUUUGACCCUAAAGGAAGAAACGGCAAGGAUUCCCGUCUGGGAUAAUGACCGUGUGACCCACGCUAGCCUAGAAAAAGCGUUCAGAGUCGCCUACAACCACAGCUGCGACGUGGGCUUACCAUUGAGAAAUAAAAACUCGUUUCGUAUACUGGCUAACGGUUCACUUCAUGCUGCCCAUUUACAAGAGUCUCCCUUCAGCGUCAAUCGAUUUUGCGUUUUUCCUCUGGGAAAUGACGAUAUCGCAGCAGUCGUCUGUUUGUUGCAAGAACAUUAUUCAGUCGUGCACACAGAGCAGUACAGCACUUUGAAGUAUAAGUUGUACCCACCAUUUUUCAUUCUCAGCUCCAUUUUUCUGAUUUUCACCGUCGUGGCCUUUAUGGUCACUCCGGAAAACAAAACGUUCCACGCCAAGUCUGUGGUUUGCCAUUCCGGAUGUUUGUCUAUUGCCUUUCUCGGUUUAUCAAUAAUAUACUUGGUCGGGCCCUCGAUGCGGAACACGAGAAUUUGUUCUAUUGUUGUAUAUGUGACGAAAUAUUUUAUCAUGACUGCAGUUUUCUGGUUAAAUGCGAUGUGUAUCGACAUUUAUUUUGCUUUCAAAGGACUAGUUCGAUCAAGCAUGAGCCACCUGAAAUUUUCAAUUUACGCUUGGACCUCUCCUCUAAUUAUCGAGACAAUCUCAGUGAUUUUGGACCUUACGACCUCACAUCCAAAAUUUAGUCCCGGCAUCGGCAAAGAAAAGUGUUGGAUUUCUUCUUACUGGGGUGAGCUUCUUUACUUCCAGGGACCGAUUUUCAUUCUGCUCGUGGCCAACGUGGGCCUCUUCUGCGCCACAGCGUGCAACGUCCGUCGCUCCAUGCGCGAGUCGUUCCGCACUUUAAACAGGGCCAACAGCAAGGUGCACCUGCAGAAGAGACACGACCGCCAGCGCCUCUGUCUCUACCUCAAGCUGUCCCUGCUGAUGGGCUUCACGUGGCUCACCGAGGUUAUAUCUUGGGCCGUCGGUGGCCCUCCGGAGUACUGGUAUUUUACAGACGUGGUCAACGCUCUGCGCGGAGUGUUCAUCUUCUGGAUUUUUGUCUUCUCUAAUAAGAAGAUGAGAAGGAGCCUGCAGGAGAGAAUGCAGAAGGGCAAAUUUGACGUCAGCACCAGUGCCAACCUUUCUGAACAGCAAACUUCUGCUUCAACUGCAUUUUAAGACUCUUUAUCUCACUUUUGUAUUUUAAAGAUGUUAAAUUAAAGAGUAUUCAUACUGGAAACCCCUGGAAAAUUCUUUUUGCCAUUGCAUUAACUUAUCCCGAUAUAAGGAUUCAGUUAAAGCCAAAAUUAAACUAGGUAGCAAAGUAUUUUUGUUUUUAGGAAAAUGGCUACAAAGUUAGCAUGCCUUUCAAAUGAUUAGGACUGCUGUCUCCACACUUAUCUUAUUUUAUUUCACAACAAAACGUUUCCCAAAAUGUAUCACAAAAAGCUGGAUAAUCUCGACGAGAGUAAUCCAUAUAUAUGCCAAGAAAAUAUACGU